AUAAAUAAAACACCCAAUCCCUUAACAGCCAUAACAUUUCCUGUUUCUCGUCUUCAAAACACUGUUUCUGACUUCAUCACUUCAUUCUCUCUCGCUCCCAACACGCAAAACCCACUACCUCCAUGGGUCAACUCCUCUUUCUCACCUCUCAAAACGCUCUACGCCUCUGCAAAAUCCCAUCUUUUUGGCCCCACCAAUCAGGGCCAUGAAAACAAUGCAAGGCAGAGGGUUUGCGCCACAAACGACAAGACGGUCUCCGUUGAAGUUUUGCGUUUGGACUCUCACCCAAAUUAUAAGAAACGCAUUAGGAAGAAGAAGAAGUACCAGGCUCAUGACCCCGAUAAUCAGUUCCAAGUUGGCGAUGUUGUUCAGCUUCAAAGGGCCCGACCCAUUAGCAAGACCAAAAGUUUUGUUGCGGUGCUCAUCUCACCGAGGACUAGGAAUAAGAAAGAAGAUAAUGUUAAUGUCUUGAUAUUGGAGAAAGUGCAGCACAGAUGUUCAGUAAUAUGUUGCGAUAAACGGUAAUUGAGCACCUUUGGUGCAUUAAACUUUUCCUUAGACUUGCCAUUGCUAUAUUUUUCGAAUUGGCUAAGAUAUACACGUGAAAAGUUUUAGUUAUUGUCAAAUGUCCUUUGCAUUUUCAUUCUACAAUAUUGAAUGAAAAAGGUUAGAAGUGAUAAUGAAUAUCUCAGUGUGAGCAUUCUGGAAUUCUAGAGUGAAAGAAUGUGAAGAAAUUUUGGUAAAUAGGAAAUUCAUGUAGACUUAUACUGUGCAUCAAGUCAUGUUAUGUUAAGGGUAGAGCCACAUUAUUAAUGAUGAAUGAUAAGUGAGUGAAAAAGUUGCUUAAUCUAAGCACUCAAUUUGAUGU